CAGCGCCACUGCGGCCCGGCCCGACCCGGAGAGGCGACUCUGCCGCCUUCCCGCCCCUCGGCUGCCAGCCCCAGCAGCCGCCCUUCCUCCUCCCCGGAAGCGGAGAGCGGGUUUUCCCGCGCCGGGCCGGAACUCGAUGCAGCGCAUCUGGAGGCGGGCGAGGGGAGAAGGGAAGAAGGAGAGGGCCCAGAAGAAGGGAAGAGCCCGGCGCGCCGGCCCGGGAGGCCGCGCCAUGGCGCUGCCGCGGUAGCGCCGGCACUGCCAUGGGGAACGCGGGGCGCGGCGGCGGCACCUCCCGAUCCCGGCGAGCCGUGCCGCGGCCUGGCCCCGCCCCCGGGCCGCAGGGGAAGCGGGGACGCGGCGGGUCGGGCCUGUGCUGCCCGCGGGGCCCGGCGGAUAAUGGAAUCUCAUAACUCUGACAGCCUUCACAAGAGUAAAUCACCAGCUUCGGGAAGUGAAGAUGAGAUUGAGUUCAUUGGAGAAGGACCUUUAAGGCCUGUCCUUGAAUGCAUUGAUCUUGUCAGCAGUGAGGAUGAAGAACCUAACAGUAGUUCUUAUUUUCAUAGAAAUACUAAGCGUAAGGAUCAUGUUGACUAUCAGAAGGAACGAGUUGCAUCAACCCUGGAUCGUCUGGCACGCCAUGUUGAAGUAGAGAAACAGCAAAAAGAAGAGAAAAACAAAGCCUUUAAGGAGAAAGUUGAUUACCAAUAUGCUCACGGGUUGCAAGAACUAGAAUUCAUUCGGGGACACAGUGAUACAGAAGCUGCAAGGUUAUGUGUGGACCAGUGGUUAAAAAUGCCAGGUCUGAAACCAGGCUCUGUUAACGGUGGAAGAAGGGCUGUUUUUAAAAGGACAGGUCAGACUCAAGUCAACAGCAGUCCCAAAUGUUGUCCUGUGAUGCAUUGCAACAGACAGUUUGAUAAUGUACAUCUUCUUCUAGGUCACCUUCAAAGGUUUGAUCAUUCUCCUUGUGACCCAACAGUCACAUUACAUGGACCCCCACAUAGUGCUUUUGCCUGUGUGAUAUGCUGUGAAAGAUUUUCAACCUCUCAGCAGUACAGUGAUCAUCUUUUAUCUAAGCUAAAUGAAAAUGAUGGGCAUAAAAAAGGUAUUCCUCCACAGCAUAUUCAGUGUUUUGCAUGCCCAAAGUGCUUCCUCCUUUUCACCAAAAGAGAUGAGUGUUGGCAGCAUAUGUCGCAAAAGAAACACUUCCUCCAGGUUUCUGAACUGAGUGAUGCAUUGAAGUCUGGCCAUCCACUACCUUUUCCAUCCUUCGCAAAGAACCUCUUGAUAUCUCUGUGCAAAGAGGUCUCCUUCCAAGUGAAGUGUAUGUCCUGCUUCAAGAUACUGCGCUCACAUAUGGAAUUAACAGCUCAUUUCAGAACACGUUGUCAUAAUUCUGGGCCCAUGGCACUGUCAAAGAAAAGCAUCUCCCAGGUUGCAGAGAUAUUUAAAAUGAAAGGUUACUGUGAGAACUGUGAUGAACUGUUUGCUGAUAAGAAUCAGAUGACCCAACACAAACAAACCACUCAACAUAACAUUAGAGUUUUUACUACACUGGAGGAGUCAAUCUUGAUGUUCUGCCAUGUCAAUGGAAAACACAAAAAUCAGUCUCAUUUAGGCUACAUUGUGGAACGGUCAAGACCACUGCUUAAAAGACAUUUGAGUCCAGAUGAGUCCUCCAGUGAAAUGGGGUCCAGUCCUUCAAAACGGAAGAGUAAUUUAAAAGAUAAAAAUGAAGAUAAAGUUGCAAACCAAAGUCAAGGUAGUGCUUGCAAAGUAAAAGCAUGGUUUUGUGAAUGCCUCCAAAAGUUUUUUACAGAAGAGUCAGUAGAAAAGCACAUUUUAUCAGCAAAUAGGAUCUGUCACAAGUGUGCUGUGUGUGGAAAGCUGGCUGAAAAUUCAAGCAUUAUCCGUCUGCAUAUGAGUCGAUUCCAUGGAGGAGCACACUUGACUAAUUUUCUUCUCUGGUGCAGAGCAUGCUCUGUAGAUCUUAGAGAAGAGAAUAUUAUGGGACACAUAACUGAAUUUCAUGGUGGACAUAGUUACUACUAUGAGCAAGAAGCUGUAGAAGAUGAACCUAUGCCAUCUGCUUCUGAUGCAGUGAGCAUUUCUGCAGGUGGAGAUAAAGACUGCAUUUCUGGCCCUGUGGAACUGUCCCCUGGAAGUGGUCCUGUUGUGGGAAAAUGGCAGUGCCGCAUUUGUGAGGAGAUGUUUGAGUCUGAAGAGAGUGUUCAGCAACAUUGCAUGUCCUUAGAAAGCCAUGCAUUUCACAGGUACUCAUGUGGCAUAUGUAGAAAUCAUUUUCGGAAAGUAGGAACACUACAGCGGCACUUCCAAGAGCAUCAUAAUCAGGAGAUGCAGACUAAAUAUUUCUGUGGCCUUUGUGGUAAUCUCUUCUUCAACACAGAGGAAGAAUUUCUAACCCAUUACAAGGCGCUUCAUAGCAUGGACUAUACAUUUGUGCCUGAGCAGAUGGAACCAUCAAUAAAAAAAGAUGAGGACUUCCUCCCAGUGGAACAAGGAGACCGCUUAACCUGUGGUUGCCGGACAACUUACGUCUCCAAAAUAAACAGGAGGAACGAUCAUGAGAAUUGUCAGAAAGCCAUGCUGCAGAAAGGAAACUUAUGGUUUCGAUGCUGCUUGUGUUCUGCAACAGCACAGAAUAUUGCUGAUAUGAACAGUCAUCUCAAGAGUCACACGUCAGUCAAAUCUAAGGGAGAGAUGUAUGUUGUUAGAUGUGCUGCGUGCAGCAAAAACUUUGACGAUCUUCAAAGCGCGCAUCAGCACUAUCACAUGAAACACUGCUUCUUGCAGAAACCUGAUCUGUCAAGUCUUGCAUCAGAAUCAGAGGACAAAGUAUUCAACUUUUCAGCAAGUGGGGCGUGUGUGGUCAGAGAACCUCAUAGGCAACAAUUUAAAGCAUCUCCAUCCAAAACUCAGGACAGACCACAGUCUUCUCUGCAGGGCCCAAUAGAGGGAAAGAAAAUUAAAAAUGAGGACUUAGAACAGUCUGAACAACUUAGUGAAAAUGGUGAACUUCCUGAUCUUGACUAUCUAAGUACUAUGACUCACAUUGUGUUGAUGGAUCUGGACAACUGGGGAAGCCUUUUCGCACACCUGCCUGCUAACCUGAACCAAGGGACCUUUAUCUGGGGUUUUCAAGGAGGAUACAGCAACUGGAAGCCUCCAGUGCAUUGCAAAAUUUACAAUUAUCUUAAGAGGAUUGGAUGUUUCUUUCUUCAUCCACGUUGCAGUACCAGAAGAGAAGCAGCAGACUUUGCUCUCUGUGUUCAUGCUGGUCGUCUGGAUGAGCACCUGCCCAAGCAAAUUCCUUUCACUAUUCUUUCUGGAGACAAAAGCUUCCUGGAACUGGAAAGCCAAUUUAAAAUGACCCAACGGUCAGCUCGCAUCCUGAAUCCUCACCAAAUUGAAGGAGAUAUGAUGUGUGCCUUGCUAAACAGCAUUUCAGAUACCACAAAAGGGUCAGAUAGUGAAGAGGAUGAAGAUAUGAAAGAAACAGUGAAGCAGAGCUUAGAAGAAACAAAGAAACAGGAAGAACUGCAAGAUGUAGAACUGCAAGAAGCUAUCAAAAGGAGCCUUGAGGAAAUGUAAAUGAAGAUACUUCAGUACACUAACACCAUGCCGUCAGAACUGCUCACAAAAAUGGAAGCUUGUUCCAUCUAUUUACAAGGGUUCAGAAAUGCCACUUUUGAAAUGUCUGUAAUUGUUAGAUUAAUCAUCUGAUGUCCUCUGUCAUACUGGAGUUUAUUCAUAUUCAUUGCAAUGUGUUAUGUUUGAUAAAAAUAAAAUUUUAAGCCUUUUCAUAUUUGUUUCUAAGAGAUGAUGACUAAGUCUCUCCAAUUUAGCUAUUUGAAAUUGUUGCCUAAUUAGUAGGCUGGUCUUACUAGGUGUUUUGGGGUUCCUGGUUGUUCAGGUUUCUUUUCUUAAAUUGGUUCUUGUAUUUAAUUUUUCUGUCACAAAAUGUCAUUGUCUUUAUUUACUUUUUGAUAUGGUCUUUGCAACAGAUAAAAAUAGUAAACUCCAGUUGUCUCAGAUUUUCCUGGCUAAUCUUGUUAUAAAGAGAAGCUUAGAUCCCAGGGUUGUUGAACAUAUGGCCUAACUCUUGCCUGUGGCCAGUUUUACUUCAUAGGCCAUAAUUUUGUCUCUGUCCUGUUUGUUAUAAAUGUCCGAAUCAGAACCACAGGCUGCACAGUUAGUUUACCAGCUUUGUUUUUAUAAAUGUGUUUGUUUUUUCAAUACUGGUAGAGUAUUUGGAUUUGAUGGCUUAAAGUUUGAUGACUUCAUUGCCUCUCCCUUACCUGAAGCAGAAACUUUUAAAGGGAAGAGAAUCUAAAUAAAAUUCCUAGUUUCUGUUUGGAAUACAUGUGAGAAGAUUUAAACUGUAAUAUUUCUGUAUAUUAUGGUCUUUGCUCUCUUCUGUUCAUGAAGAGGUGGCAUUGGAUAAAUGAAUGUAAAUGUGCUAAUUAUUUUUGUACUGUCCUUACUUUAAGUGAAAUUAUUUGUGUUUAAAAUUAUCUGUCAUCUUUCUCAGUUUUGUUUAAAAAUACCUAUGCAAACUGUCCAGCUUUACCAGCCUUUUAUCCUUCAGUUAAUGAUUGCUGUCAAUCAGUAAGAAAUCUCAGUGUAAUAAAAUGCCAGCCUAAUUCUUUAUGAUUCACUCACCCUGCGAGUUUGCUUCUACCUGCUGUAUCCUUAAAUAUUCAUUAUGCAAGUAGAUACUUUUUGUGGAGAAUAUGGUGUAGGGAGGGCUGGCUUUUUCUCACUAUUCCAAAGAAUCAGCAUAACUACAGCUGUUUGUCAUCAUGGUUAGAAAAGCUGGGAGACUGACACUGGUGUAUUUCUAAUGAUUACUCUGAUAUAAUUGCUAUCUCCAAGCAAGUAGAAUAAAGGAAGACUCUACUGAGCUAUCUAAUGCUCAUUAGCAAUCAUACAGCUUGAAAAAACUGUUUAAAUGCCAGAAAAUUGUUUGAGCACUUACAGUGCAUUUGUGUGUGACUCCCAAGUGUUACAGGGUGAACACAACCUCUUAGCGGUUUUCCCUUGUGCCUGUUGCUUGUUUUCCUACUGCCAGUCUUGGAUUAAUUGUACUUCUGAUAAAAUUCAGGUGUGUGGUUCACACUGCUCCUGAGAGAGCCCGAUUUUGAGUUGUCUUUAGCUACAUAAUUUACUGCUGUAUUUAGCUUAAAUCAGUUGCAGAAUUUUCCCACCUUUUUCCCAAGUGCUUCUGUUACAGAGUGGAAUGAAACAGAAAACAAUUUUCAUCCUCAAAAGCAUCUCCAUCUAACUUACAGAAGCUUUUGAUCCUGAAGUUUCAGAUUCCUUUCACAUGAAAAUAUGUUUCUGAGAAAGUCUGAGAAAGUUCUUUGGCUCCACAGUGUUUAAAACCUGGAUAGAUCUCCAGAGUCUGCUGUGUUAGAAUUUGAUUAUGUGCUUUAUUUUUCAUAAUAUUUUAUUCUGAUAGGCCAUGACUUAAUUGGUUGCAUUAAAAAAAAGUCCUGUGUGCACACAUAUUCUGUAUACUCAAAGCUCCAUGUAUUAAACACAUUGUAUUUGCCUUGUCAUCUGCUUACCAAAACAAGUGGCAAAUCCCCAACCAUUGCUGCAUUGGCUUUUAUAAAACAACUAAACAGAGUUCUAGUUUCUCUAUUAUUUUUAUAACAGUAGUCUUCAGAAUUAGCAAUGUCUUGAAACUUGGCCUCAUUUUGAAGAAAAUUUUGGUCUCUUUGAUGUUCUCCCUUAACUCAGAUUUUUCUUUGUGAAAUUUUCUGCCAUCACAGGCUUGUCAUACUUCUGUUUCCAGAAGAACAGAGAAAAUAAGAUUCUUAAAACACUGCAUGUACAGGCAUGUGACUUGUUACUCACCAGCAUCUUGUGGCUGAACACCUUCAACUGAAAAAGUUGUCUUGUAAAUGUGUUUCAGAAUUCAGUGGUUUGGUCUGGUGAGUCUUGUUUAACUGGCUGAAAUUUCUGAGCUUUGUCCUUCAUGUGCUGAGAAAUCUGCCUGUGUUUACAAGCACAACCUGUCUGUUAAAAGGGACUUGCCCAGUACAUUUGUACUAGAAAUUAUUUCUCCUGCCCUUUUCAAGAACGUUUGCUUUUGUGGUGAUGUUUGAGUUCAUCCUUUGUUAGCCUGAAAUAAUUCAGUAGUGCUUCUUUGUAUUUAUCUUUAAUGAGGAAAAAAGUCUAAUCUCUACAUGACUACCCCCAGCUGUUCAUACCAGUGCUCUAAUUUCUGUGUGGCACAUGUGUUAAGUUUUACAGAAAUGAAAUUGUGACAACUUGAGAUUGGUGUAAAGCUCUUAAUUGUUUGGUGCUCUGUGUGCCACAUUCUUAUGAAACAAAAUCCCUUUUUGGUCAUAUUCAGAUACAAGGUGAGACACCAAAUAAGCCAGUGUAACUGUUACUAAAGUCACUGGAGCACUGAAGUGUUGUAUCUGCCUGGUUACUUCUGUUACUUAAUAAUAUUAAAAAGAGAGAUUAGCAGA